AACGCUCAAGGCAGCAGCUUCGCCCUCAGCUGCUCGCAGUCCUCCUCAGUCCUGCGCUGAGGACGCCGAACUGACGACUGCUACUACGACAAACUUCUGGGUCAGCUUGAAUUCUACCUCCACACCCUAAUCUGCACUGCUCUUCAGAUGGGAGGUCACCAACUGCUCAUCACCUUUACCCAAAUGCACCGUCUGCCCGUCUCCUGUAUAUGAUGGCUGCCUGGGGCCUUUUUAUGCACCUGAACACCCUGGAGCAGAGCUGCUUGUUACCAUGGUGAUCAUUUUCUCAAAAACACUGGAAAAGAAGAAGGGUGUCAAUGAUGUAAUGUCCAAACGCAUCACGAGACAGCCGACUGAGCUCCACAUCAUGAGCAGAGGGACCACCCUCUUCUCCUGUGGAACUGUGGAGGCAGAUGGAUGGCUGGACUUGGGGCGAACCUGCGGCAUCCAGCAGAAAGCUUCCUGUCAGACUGAGUCCACGCUUGAGAGCCUGUGGGAUACGAUGCCUGAGCCUGGCAGCCGGCACUGGGCCAAGGAACCAGGCAGCGCCGCAGCCAUCACCAGUCUGAUAAGGGACCUGAGCCUGGGCAACGGGGGAACCAUGGGCACCCACGUGAUGUCCUCCACCGCACAGUACACUACUACAGGCACCGGCCCAGCUCCCACCGCCCCCCCGAGCAAACGCCAGUGCCGCUCGCUGUCCUUGUCUGAUGAGUUCAGUGGCUUCCGUUCAUCCUGGAAGCCCCAAGGAUCACGAGUGUGGACCACCGUGGAGAAGCGCAGGUGCCACAGUGGAGGCAGUGUCAGAGGAGCAGGCAGCCAUUUUCCCACCAUGCAGCGCAGCUCCAGCUUCAGUUUGCCCUCGCGCUCCUGCGUCCCCUCAGAUGGAGCCCUGGACCUGCCAUUCUUCAACCAGCGGCUGCCUCUCCACCCCCAGUUCACUGCUUCUCCAGUGUCCCCUACCUCUCCUUCCUCACAUCAUCAUCAUCAUCACCACCACUCCCGCAGUCACAUCUUCCUCAGGCCUCUCUCGCUCUCCCAUGAGCAGAUCAGCCUGACAGAGCUCCAGAGGGAAGAGGCGUCUGAAGCCAGCUCUCCAGACUCCACCCCAGAGCUGGGGAGGCGAGCUGGAAAGAAAGGCGGGGGGAGGGGCUGUCUGUCCCGUAGCAAGUCGCAGCCCUGCGUGCUGAACGACAAAAAGACCGCUGUGAAGCGCAGGAGGCAAGAGGACGCCCAGGAGCAGAGGCCCUCCCUGGACUUGGCAAAGAUGACACAGAAACUUCAGACCUUCCAGAGCUUGAGCUGCCCUGGGUUCUCGGCCUCCGAAAGCUGCCAGUCAAGCCUGCCGCCGCCCCCCUUUGAGACGGCCGUCCAGUCCGAGUCGGACUUCACGGCUGUGUCUGAGCCGGGAUUAGAGUCGUGCCAGGAUGCGAUAGGAGACGAUGAAGAGGAGGAGGAUUCAUCCUUUGAGGAGCUCGAUAGCGACUCCGCUUGUAGCGUUGACUCCCGGUCCGGGUCUCCUGUGGACAUUGUGGACAGUAAACGCACCCUCUGGAAGGGUGACUGUGGGACACAGAGAGACAUUUUCCAGCUUGGGGGGGAACUUGAUAUUGACCAGAUUGAAAGAAACUGAACAUUGUUUAGAGGGUUUUUUGAAGACUCUUUGAACUGUUAAAGAAAGUUGCAUUUGACAAACCAAGAAGUGGCUUUCAAGAUGGGCUGCAAGACGAGUAAUGGUCAACUUUGAAAGGGAAGUGUUGGAAGAACUAGGAAAGUUGUAGAUUAAAACAAACAUUUGUUAAAAACUGGCCUCUUAAGGACUUGCCUUGAACAUUCUUACUGUUUGAAUCAAAGAGCAGAUCCCUUGGUUAUUUUCUUGUUUUAUUUGGGGUAUUUGGUUUAACUCAGGAGUGGGAAAGUGAUGGGCUAGUCUAAAGAAAUUUCCCUGCCGUCAUUGUCUUUACAAUCCGGAUACUUUUCCAAAGUCAACUCACCUUAGGUUAGUAGUACUGUAGCAGUAGCUGGGAUCUCCAGCUUGCAUUUCAGUGAAGCUGAAGUGUCUUCUCUGUGGCUUAUCUUUGCCUUCCCUCCUUACCGUUUGUGCACACAUGUUAAUCUUUUUGAAUGUAGGCUGGAUAAGCUUUAUGAAGAGUUCAGAAAAUAAGAAGUGCCUUCUUUUGGAUUCUUGCUCUUGUAGUUCUUUUCAAUAAACUUUCCUCACUCAGAGCCACCUUUUUCUGGCGUUCAUAUGCAAAUUAUAUAUUUGAAUUAAACACUGAAUCUCUGAAUUUUGAGUUCUAACUGCAGCAUGUAUUUUUGUACGUAACAGUUUUUUUUAUAAGCUGUUUGUGAAGGAGCAAGAUUACAAGGCCAUUCUUUUCACAGAAUGGAAAUUAAAUAAAUUCACAUUCUGCA